GUUGAAGCGAGUGGCACGAUGUUCCCGACAGCAGAAGUGGGGCAGGACUUCUUGGAGUUUUUCAUCCAUUUCGACGAGUCCUCUGAACGGGAUGCAAGUUCCUACGAAGCGUCCAUGCAAGAAGAGUUGGAUGUGUUCCUGCAAGGGUAUGUGUGGCAAAAGGAGCCGCUCGUUCUAGGCGUCUCCACAACUCUCCCUCGAGCAUUGCACGGCAAGAUGCUCGUGGGGGACAACGUAGAGGACGAGUGGGUGGCAACUGCGGCGCUGAACGCUCUCACAAAGAAGCACUCAAACAUCACGGUGCAAGUAUGGGACGCCGACGGCGAAUUCCUCCUCAUCGAAGCCGCCGAGGCGCUUCCGGCCUGGCUCAACCCUGACAACAGCUCCAAUCGAAUCUUUCUACGACGGGGCCAUCUCCACAUCGUCCACCACAAUCCCACCGAACGACACAUGGAACUGCACACGGCGCUCUCCUUCGUCACCGACCCAGAGACACCCUCCACGCGAGCCAACAAAGUCAUGGACGCCAUCGUGCUCGAUCGCCUCGGCCACGCAACGUCGUACUCGAUGCAACCAGAUAUCAACCACCACCACGUCCAAUGCAUGCUGCCCCCCGCCGCCGCCCUAGUCUUCCAAGCAUUGCCCCACAGCAUCGCCUACGCGGUCGAGGCGUUCUACUACCGUGACCCCACGGAAGCCACGCAAGUUUGCCGACACAUGCAGCGAUUCCCUGUCCCGUCCACGUCAACCGGAAUGGCCAUGGCCAUGGUUCCUCUUACUCGGUGCAUGUAUGCACAAGUAAAACAGCAGCAAUUCGCACCCCCCAAGCCCUUCCAACCAACCACCCCACGCCCGGACGCCGACGCCAACGUCGUCGCCGCCGCCGAGUUGGGCAUGAAGCUGUGCUGUGGGUUAGAACUGCUCUGCCAUAGCCGCGUCCAAGACUGGCGAGGCACCGUAUGGCGGGAUGCCAUUGACGCACUGCUGCAAGACCCAGCACGAAAGUUUGUGCCGCCGUCGGACUUGCGGCCGUCGGACGACGACUCGUGGCUGUAUGUGACCCCGGAGGGACUGGAAGCGAUGCUGGAUGCGGCAGACUCGAAACUGCAGCACCAGUCAGCCAACGACGACGAAGAUGGGGGCGAAAGCGGGGGCCAAGCGCUGCAGACCAUGGCCUCGCUCUUUGACAAGUUUGUGCACACCAAGUCCGACUAUGAAGGAGUGGCCACGGAGACUCUUCCGACCGAAGUCAGUUUUAACAUGCACGCGCUGAUGGAGAUUUUGAAGUCGGGCAACGUUGGCGACAACUUGCACGAAAGCCCACGUAGCGAACAGGAUACCAACGUCGACGAUUACUUUUUUGAAAGUGAAGACGAUGAAGUCGACAUGGACGCCAUGAUGGCUGAAAUGGACUCGGAGUUGACCGAGUCCAAAAUGGCCAAGAGUUUCCUCUCCCAGCCACAUCAACCAGGACCACCGAUCGAACACGACGGCGACAACGUCAAGCCCGUGGACGUGGACUUUAACCUUGUGUCCAACUUGUUGGCGUCGGUGGCAUCGCAAGACGGGGGCGCGGGGCCGGUGUCCAACAUGCUUCGCGACAUGGGGUUCCAAAUCAAGUAAACGUGUGGUCAGCAAAACACAAAACUCGAAAUAAUACAAAUAUAACGUUAUAUUGUGGAUAUUCCA